AUGGACCCUUCCUUGAUUAGAAGUUGCAUCCCUUGCCCCCACAUCACUAUCCCGGACCAAUAUCACACAUGCGAGCACUCCCACCACUCGUCUUACAGUGCCACAGACUUGCCUCCCAUUCUGUUCGCCUUAGAACAGAAACAGAUUGGCUACCUGAGCGAAAUCGAAGACCUCAUCGAAAACGGCAACAAAGUCCUUGACUGGGAAGGUAAACCCAUCCGCGACUUUUCGUUUCUACCCCGGUACAUCUCCAUCGACGUUCCGGGAUGGUUGCUCGAAUACUGGUCCCGAACUGACUCCCGGCUCACUUACAAGGAUAUCAGAGCGCGUAUGACGGCCCCAGUCCUCAAGGAAAGGACUUCGGAGAAUACCCUGAACAUGCGCAGAGAGCGCGAGGCCCGCGGCCCAUUAACGCUUUCCUGCUGGAACAGGCGUCGCAACCCGCUCACCCGCAUGGAAGUCGGACGUGUCGAGCACCGCUCCGUCGAUGAGAUCUCCUACAACACAACCAUGAAAGUCCUGUACAACUCUCUCAGUCGGCCCGUCGCGCUGCGCAAGCGCGGCCUUGUCCGUACCGAGAACGGUCUCGUCUACACGACUCGCAAUCAGCCGAUCUAUGCGCUCAACACGUUCUUGAAACCAGGUGAGAAGUCCCACACUCUCGGACCGCGAUUGAGGGAGACUUUCAGCCUGUACAACCGGCUUGCAGCCAAGGCCCGGGAACUGAAUUGUCGCUCCUGGCAGCUUUUGCCUGCGGAUGACUUGCCGAAGCAGUGGAGUGAGUCGAAAGAGCUGAAGGAGGUGAAGUCUGUCGCGAAGCAUACCUUUGCUUGGUAUAAGGAGGGUGGUCGAGCCGUUGAAGACAGCCCUGCAGCCGAAGCAACCUUGGUGAGACAGAUUGAACUUGGCCAGAUUCAGGUCAACCGGGGUUAG